AAACACUUUCGGGAAGAAUAACGUUUUUUUCCCCACUCACACGGACCCGCACUGAGCCAGUCUUUACCCGGAGCCAAACCGUGGCCUAGAAGGAAGAACGGCUCGACUAUGUGGGGAAAGAAACGGGCACUUGGGGAAUCCUUGGCUUGUCUCGUAUUUCUUGUGACGCUCGUCGAUGCUUAUCGAUUCCUGACUCAGCACACAGCCUCCCAGUUCCUGAGCAGGCACAGGAGAGCCAACUCUCUCUUUGAGGAGAGCAAGAAGGGCAACCUGGAGAGGGAGUGCAUUGAAGAGCUGUGCAACAAGGAGGAGGCCAGGGAGAUCUUUGAGAACCAGCCAGAAACGGAAUACUUCUAUCCCAAAUAUGUUGUGUGCCUGGGUUCGCACCGCGUCGGCAUCAACAACCAGCACUCGGAUUCUGCCAUCCCAUCAGACCUUCGCACCUGUGUGAACGAGAUCAGUAACCAGUGCACACCAUUUCCAUGCUACAAGGAGGGCUCAGAGCGUUGUGUAGAUGGCCAGGCCUCCUUCACGUGUGUGUGCAAGCCCGGCUGGAAGGGGCCACGCUGUGAAGAUGACAUCGACGAAUGUUCAGAUCCUGAAUUCCCAGCAGGAUGUAACCAAAAGUGCUACAACGUUCCCGGUAGUUUCCACUGCAUGUGUGACGAGGGCUACUUCAUCACUCACAAAACCAACUGCGUGGAUAUCGAUGAAUGCCUUUUGUAUCCCAGUAUUUGUGAAGAACCAGCUAAAUGCGUCAACACGCCUGGCAUGUACGAGUGCCAGUGUCCCCCGGGAUUUAAAUACAACUUCACUUCCAAAACCUGCAAUGAUGUGGACGAGUGCGAGUUGAGCGUUUGUUACGGCACUUGUAUAAACACAGUGGGCAGCUAUGCGUGCUACUGUGAUGGUCGUCAGGGUCUUCGUUUGGCGGACAACAAACAAUACUGUGAAAGAAUCCCUGUUUGUGUGGACCUGUAUGACCACAAACACUCUGAGAUGCUUUACCUGGGGGAGCAGUUUGCAGGCCUACCUGUGAUCUACCUGCGUUUCCGGCUGCCAGAAAACACAAAGUUUGCAGCAGAGUUUGACUUCCGUACGUUUGACCCAGAGGGAGUUGUUCUGUAUGCAGAGUCCUCGCAGGACUCAUGGUUCAUGUUGGGGCUAAGGGGUGGUCACAUUGAAGUCCAGUUCAAAAACCAGCACACAUUCAAGGUCACCAGCGGAGGAAAAGCCAUAAACGAUGGACAGUGGCAUGUGAUCUCUGUGGAUGAACUGGAGAGUAGCAUCAGUGUGAAGAUCAGCAAGGAAGCCGUGAUGAGCAUCAACAGCCCUGAGAGUCUCUUUACUUCAGUUAACGGCAAACUGGAGACCAAGGUCUACAUCGCUGGUCUGCCCAACCGCACUGACAACGUCAUCAAACCUAUCAACCCUCGACUUGACGGCUGCAUCCGGGGCUGGAACCUGAUGAAUCAGGGAGCAUCUGGGGUAAAGGAAGUCAUCCAGGAGAAGAAGAGCAAACACUGCUUUGUGUAUGUGGAACGAGGAUCUUUCUUCACUGGGGCAGGGCUGGCACACUUCAACAUUGAUUACAGUGAUUCUGGGAGCUGGAAUGUGGAUGUAAAGAUGAAUAUACGCCCGUCCAGCAGCACAGGUGUCCUCUUUGCUCUUGUCUACAACAACACAGUCCCCCUGUCGGUCGCUGUGGUAAUGAAGGGGGAAGAAGAUGAUGCUAACUUGCAAGUGUUCUUGGAUGGCGUCUUCGUGGCAAGUCUAGACUCACUGAUGUUGUGUUACCCCGAGCGGCUGACACUGCAGCUGAAUGUGACUCCCACAGAAAUUCAACUCUCAGCCAACUCCUCCACUGUUACCUACAUAACGUCUGAGGCCUUGCAGGAGGCACUGGAACGCCUCAACACCACCAUGCAGAACCCCAUCAGUACAUAUAUUGGUGGGAUACCAGAUGAAGUACCAUUACCUGCCACCCCUGUGACAGCGUUUUACCACGGCUGCAUGGACAUCUCUAUCAACGGGCAGCAGCUGGACUUUGAUGAGGCUCUCAGCAAACAUAACAGUAUUAAGUCCCAUUCCUGUCCUCCUUUGUCUCCCCCUGAUAGCCACCAUGAUGCACUGCACCUGCACUGAAACUCACCUUAAUUAACAGCAGCAUCACUUUAAACCGCCCUGGCAUUAGGCAGCGUCCCACAGCGGCCACUUCUUGGGAUAUUUUGGAAAGAGAGAUAUAUAGAUAGAGGAGAAGAGAGAGAAGAGGAGGGAGGAGGGGGAUAAGAAAGAAGUGACAUGAAGAGGAGAUAGAGGUAGAUGGUUAUAGUCAUUUUUGUCGACUUUCUCUGGUGAGUUUAUUUUAAACUUGUCUUAUGCUUUUCAUCCAUACAGUAUUAUUGCCCCUGUACUGGGAGCAAGUUGUUCUUUUUUUUUUUUUUUAAGCAAGGCACAACGAAAGCUGGCCAGUGAAACUGGAAGGCUGGAUGACGUAGUUGUAGCAGUUUGUUGCUAUGAAUUGAAGAAACUUUGAAAUGCUGAAAAAGAGCUGAGCUCUGUGGCGCACAUACUGUGUGUUGAGCAAGAGAUGGUUAUGUUUGUGUAGAAACAUAAACAAAUGGUCACAGUUGACCAGGCUGUGGGACCACCUGCCUCUUUUUCCCUCCUGUUGAAUCGUGGUACUAUCUCUAAAUUCUCUUCAAUUCUGGUCUCAUGGAGGCAGACUUUUGAAGACAACUAGCAGAAAUUGUGGUGGAAACCACAGAGGAGAAAGCUGAGCCUCCAGGCUUGCAAUCUAGUUCUUCUGCAUUUUCUUGAUUGAAUCACCAUCCCUUUUUGGAGGUCUGGCUUCCUGCAGUGGUUUAGUAAUGUUUAGAAACUUGGUCUAUCAUUUUAUUGGUCCCAGAACCCACCAUGUUUGUCACCUGUUGUAUACACCUCUCAUUACGGCUGGUCUUGCAAGACUAUUACAACUUUUGUUGUUCUUUUAUCUCUGUUCUCAUCUUCGAGGUUCUUCUGGUUGUCCUAUGUUCAGAAUUCACCUUGUAUAUAAAACAAGCCAUCUUUAAUAUAUAACUUAAAUGUAGUUGUUCAGUGUUGUUUGUUUUGUGUUUGUUAAAAUAAAACUGAGCCCUGCAACUGACUGGUGACCAGUCCAGGGUGUACCCCAUAGUCAGCUGGGACAGGCUCCAGCACCCCCGCAACCCUGACGGAUCAAGCAAUAUAGAAGAUGAAUGAAUGAAAAUAAAACUGUACGAAAGCAACCUUAUUUUUGAUACUAUUAAAUUUCAAUAUUGCAUUCUUCUACUUUUGCCAGGAAUAAGGUCUAACUAGAAAAUGUCUUCAAAGAGCGUCAUAUGUAAAGAAAUGCCACUGUAUUUAAAGUGGUAGCCAUUGUACAAUUGUAGAUGGUUUAAAAUGUAAUGAUGAUAAUGCUGAAUAUUAUAACGUAUGACCAUAACCAGUAUGAGUCAGUCUCUGAUUCAGUGACAGUUGCUGUUGGUGGCAGUAGGUCUGUACCAUCAUUCUACUUUAAAUGACGGUGUUAAAAAUCAUACUUUGGUUCAGUUAUAUAGUACAUUUUCAUCAAAAUCAUUUGGUUCAGUUAUAUAGUACACAUAUUGGGAAAAAAAAUUUAUUGUUAGCACCAUCACACCCAUACAUUUUUGGGAGAUCUCCACUAACUUGUUUGUAAUACCCCUCCACUUUAGUGAAUAAUGACUCAUUUUAAAAUCUCAUCUUGUUUUUUCACUGUGAUGAGGAACAAAACUGUCAAAUUCAAUUGUGAUAAAACACAGUAGCUCAACACAUGUGACACACUGAAUGGAGAAAUGGGAAUAAGGAGGAAGAGCAAGUCAAAUAAAAACUAAAAGGGGGGGGGGGGGGGGGGGGGGUAUGUGUGCUGAACUAUAGCCUAAAUAAAUGAGAUCAAGAGAACAGGAAAAGGACACUAAAACCGAUUUUCAGUAACACACAAUUCAGGGGAAACAAAACUGAAAGAAAAAGCGUAU